AUAAAAACUUUAUAUGUCAUUUUCGUCAUGGCUUUCACGGCGGAUUUUUGUUUUUCUCGAUUCAGACCGAGUUUUCGAAGAGAUGGAUCAAAUGACAGUCGAAGAAAAGAUUUUAGAACAUCAGGAACUUGAAGAUGGUUCAAGUAGUUUCAGAUGGUUAGUGUCAUCGACAGUAAUCGCAAUUGGUGGGGCUACUGUAGCUUUGUAUAUAUCUGGAAAAAUUGAUUGGAAAAUACCAGCAAUUGAAGCAGGACUUGCUCUGACUGCUGGUGGCACAAUUACUUGCGGAUAUUUAUGGUUUAAGAAGAGAGUGAAAACUGUUCGAAAACUUAUUCUACAAAUGAAUAAAACAAGAUCAGCUCUACGGAAAAGAAGACAAAUUUUCUUUAGUAUCUCAAUGUGCAUGCCACGUCAUCGUCAUCCAUCGAUUCUUCGUGCUUGUCGUCUUACAGUUUCAGCCAUUGAAUGUCUCACAGAAGAGACGAAAUCACUGAAUAAUGGUACCACGUGGCAGGAUUUAUAUACUGAUGAGAUUCGAGAAAUCAUUUCAAGGAGUACUGUAGAUUCACAAUUACUGAAAAUUGAGGAAAUUCAAGAAGGAGAUAAUGAUAAAAUGGAUUUUGAACAAGUUUUUGAGACAUUGAUAUCGAUAUUCAAACUUCAUGCAAGUGAAUAUUCCCGUGUUGUGAUCCUCAAUUUUCUGAAUUCGCCCGUAUUCGAGUCAAAAAAAGUUUCAAAAUUUUUUGAAACUUUGGGACGUCUUCAAGAAUUGAUGUACAAUUUGGAAUCUGUUGAAAGACUUGCAUUGAAGACUGAAACAAAACUUUCGAGAAAUGAAAGAAAAAUGGACGGAAAAAUGAAAAAUAAAUCUUUAUUAGAAUUGGGAUGGAAGCAACAAACUGCACUUGCACUAGAAGCUAUUUUGGAAAGAUUGGAAUCUGAAAGUGUUACUCAAUCAGAAGUUGAAUCAGCAUUACAUAAAACUUUUCUUGUCGUCAAGGCUGAACCAGCAUUUCCACAACCUGUGAAGAAAAUUGAUGUAGAGGUGAAAAAUCAAGAUCAAAAGAAUCCAGAAGUGAUCGUUAUCGAGAAGGGCACAGGAGAAAGGACUGAUAUAGAUAUGGUAUUCGAAGGAACUCCCUUAUCAGAAGCUGAUAAACUAUCUGCUUCAAAAAGUGCAGUAGCUCGAGAUGUUCUCCUAGAUGGAUCUGAAGGACGUUGUCAUGAAGCAAGUCUUUUUGGAGAGCUGAAAAUGGUAUUGGAGCCACGGAGGACAGAUUUUGCGAAACGAGAAAGGACUGCACUGGCAAAGUUCUAUGGAGUUGAUGAGCAUCAAUUGGAGCAGAAGGAAGAUGAAGAAACAUUUGAAGCGAUAGCAUCUGGUGAUGGUGAAGAUCCGGAUCCAUAUGACUGGAGGAAGGAUGCUGAAAUGAGUGCAGGGAUUCAUCAUGAUGCUAAUAAUGACGACUUUCUGAAAUCUUUGAAAUUGAGACGAGUCGAUGAUGAUAUUAUUGAAUAAUUUUUAAUUGAUUUUCAAUUUAUAUAACACCGUAUUUUAUGUCGAAUGCACAACGGGAAGCUCGUAGGCUAAUAAACAUUUUUUGUG